AUGUCAUCUACUGAGGCGUAUAAUGUUGCACAAGGAAAUUCAUAUUUAACAACAAUGAAAACACCUGUUAUAAUUAAGCCGAUUUUAUAUGGUAAUACGGCAAAACAUUUAGGACAAAAACGUGAAGGAGAUGGUCAUACUCAUACAUGGACACUCUAUGUUAAACCGUUUGACAAUGAAGAUAUGUCUGUGUAUGUUAGUAAAAUUCAGUUUCGUUUACACGAAACCUAUCCGAACAAUGUAAGAGUAAUUACACAAGCACCAUUUGAAGUGGAAGAAUCAGGAUGGGGUGAAUUUGAAUGCACAAUAACAAUUUACUUUGCAGAUCCAAAUGAAAAACAAAUUACAUUUUACCAUUUAAUUAAAUUAUUUUCUACUGAUCCUGAUGUCAUUGCUGGUACAAAACCAUUGGUCAAUGAACAUUAUGAUGAAUUGGUAUUUCAAGAGCCAUCAGAUUUAUUAUGUCGUUUAUUAAAUUGUGCUAAAUCAAUUGCACCACCAUCAAAUAAAACAACGGAAAAAGAAUAUGCAGAAAAGAAAAGUGAAACACUUCAACGUCUCAAAAGUGCUCGACAACGUGUACGAAAUGAAAUUCAAGAAUUAAGUGAACGAUUAAGAAUUACACAAGAAAAUAUUAAACGUGUUCGACAACGUAUUGAUAUUAGUGAUAAUAUUAAACGAGAAGUUAAUGAUUAA